CAACACCAAAACCCUGCGACUCCUCGACGUAAACGUCAACGCCACUCAAGAUGCUUUUCUUUAGCUUCUUCAAAACCCUCAUCGACCAUGAAGUCACCGUGGAGCUCAAGAACGAAAUCAGCAUCCGCGGCACGCUAAAGAGCGUCGACCAGUUCUUGAACAUCAAGCUGGAUAAUAUUCAAGUGGUGGAGGAGAUUAGAUGGCCGCAUUUGUCAUCGACCAAGAACCUCUUCAUCCGCGGUAGCGUCGUCCGCUACAUACACCUCCCCAGCUCGGCUGUCGACACCGCGUUGUUGGAGGAUGCAUCUCGAAGGGAGGCAACUGCAGCGAAGGACAAGAAGGCGGCAUGAGAGGGUGGAUAGGCGUACGAAUGAAGUCUAGGCGUGAGGUUGGACGAUCAGAGAGAAUACAUGAUCCACAGGUCGACAUAUACCCACGAAGAGACGAAGGGUCACGGCGCAUGGCGAAAAUGAAUAUCUCCCCAGCAAAGGAGAAGACAGGCUAAUGCCGAUUCUAAAACAAUAAAGUUCUGGUUUCCUUCUAAGCGCGAGUACGCGGCGAUAAGUGCAUACACUGGGGCGUCGUUGUGUGAAGCCCUUCAAUAUGUUUCAAGAAUCCAAACUCUUUGUGAAUGGAUAGUCUUGAGCGACCUGUAAGCUUGCCAAUCAUGUAAGCUCUGCCAUACCAUGAGAGUGAACCUCAAAUCUCCACAUCGUCAUUGGCUAC